CGUACCGCUGUGCAGGAAGUGGAGCUGUCAGUCGGUGUCCUUGUUAGCUAAAGAGCAUGUUAGCGCUCGAACAGGGCAGUGCAUGUUUAUCAAUAUGAAAGAGGAUGUCUAUUGGACCUGAAAAAUAUUUUACAAGCAUCUAAUUGUUUAUUCGUUGUUGGGAAUAUCACCAUGUUGCGUGUCGGGGGCAAAAUGACCUGCAUGGCCUGCAGGAACCUUGUCUCCAACAACAUGGGGGUGAAGGUUCGCAUCCCCCUGCAGAAGCUGCACCCCCUCUCCCGUGCCAUCCACCACCGCUACUCCAACCAGCAGGUUCCCCCUCACCGCACGGCCGCCCGUCACAUCUCCACCAUGUCCCGGCUGCCCAUGAGACCCCCUAAACCCCCACCGGGGUCUGGGGGCCGCGGCCACCAGCAGCAGCGCAACUUCUGGAUGCUGCGGCUAGCCGCCAGGAUUCUGAGGCUCCGCUACAUCGUUCUGGGCUCGGCCGUUGGUGGAGGUUAUACAGCUAAAAAGACCUAUGAGGAGUGGAAGGACUUUUUGCCUGAUUUCAGUGAAUACAACUGGGUCAUUCCCGAUUACAUCUGGGAAUUGAGCGAACAGAUUGAUCUAGAAAAACUGGCCAAAGCGCUUCCAGAGAUGGAGGAAAUUGCCAAACUACUUCCUGACAUGAAUAAGAUAGGAGAGAACUUUGCCUUCCUCAAAAGCCUACUGUCCACUGGUAUAGUGACUGGAGCCUCUGGUCUGCAUCUGUUGUUAGAAACGGCCGGCGAGCCUGCGCUGAAGGCCACCGACGCGUCUGCCCCCGCCUCCACGGAGGCCAGUGACAAGCAGUACAAGAAGCAGGGUCUGCUCGGGGAGCUCAUUCUCAUUCAGCAGCAGAUUCAGAGGCAUGAGGAGGAGGUCCGUCGUGCCGCCGCGGCAGCCAAUAGCGCGAGUCCCCCACCACCACCACCACCUCCACCACCACCACCACCACCAACAGAGCCCAGCCCCCCUCCUCCACCGAAGCCCAGCCCCCCUCCUCCUCCACACAGAUACAAGUCAUCAGACAAGGAGAAACUAGACCAGCUUCAAGAGGAGCUCCUUCGUACCCAGAUGAAAUACCAACGCAUGCUGGAAAGGCUGGAGAAGGAGAACAAGGAGCUGAGGAAGGUGGUGCUACAGAAGGACGACAAGGGUAUCCAUCAGAGGAAGAUCAAGAAAUCUCUGAUCGACCUGUAUUCUGAGGUCUUGGACAUCCUGUCAGACUAUGACUCAAACUACAACACCCAGGACCACCUACCCAGGGUGGUGGUGGUCGGAGACCAGAGUGCGGGGAAGACCAGCGUGCUGGAGAUGAUCGCUCAGGCCAGGAUCUUCCCCCGAGGCUCUGGAGAGAUGAUGACCCGGUCCCCAGUCAAGGUGACUCUGAGCGAGGGCCCCCACCACGUGGCCAUGUUCAAGGACAGCGGCCGGGAGUUCGACCUCGGCAAGGAGGAAGACCUGGCCGCAUUGAGGCACGAGAUUGAGCUGAGGAUGAGGAAGAGCGUGAAGGAAGGCCAGACCGUCAGUCCGGAGACAAUAUCCCUGAGCGUCAAAGGCCCGGGAAUACAGAGGAUGGUGUUGGUGGACCUGCCAGGAGUCAUCAGUACGGUGACCUCAGGCAUGGCUCCGGACACCAAGGAGACCAUCUUCAGCAUCAGCAAGGCCUACAUGCAGAACCCCAACGCCAUCAUCCUGUGUAUUCAAGAUGGCAGUGUGGACGCCGAGCGCAGCAUCGUCACAGACCUGGUCAGCCAGAUGGACCCCCAUGGCAAGAGGACCAUAUUUGUCCUGACCAAGGUGGACCUGGCUGAGAAGAACCUGGCAAGCCCCAGCAGGAUCCAACAGAUUGUUGAAGGCAAGCUGUUCCCCAUGAAGGCUCUGGGAUACUUUGCAGUUGUGACAGGGAAAGGGAGCACUAGCGAAAGCAUAGAUUCCAUCAAGGACUACGAAGAGGACUUUUUCCAGAAUUCACGACUACUUCGUGACGGUAUGCUGAAGGCCCACCAGGUGACCACUAAGAACCUGAGCCUGGCCGUGUCCGACUGCUUCUGGAAGAUGGUGAGGGAGUCCGUGGAGCAGCAGGCCGAUGCUUUCAAAGCGUCUCGUUUCAACUUGGAGACAGAGUGGAAGAACAACUAUCCCCGUCUGCGAGAACUAGAUCGGAACGAGCUCUAUGAAAAAGCCAAGAACGAAAUACUGGAUGAAGUGAUCAGUCUGAGUCAAGUGACUCCAAAACAUUGGGAGGCCAUUCUGCAGAAGAAGCUGUGGGAGCGCGUGUCCACCCAUGUGAUCGAGAACAUCUACCUGCCUGCAGCCCAGACCAUGAACUCGGGCACCUUCAACACCACGGUGGACAUCAAGCUCAAACAGUGGACCGACAAGCAGCUGCCCCACAAAGCACUGGAGGUGGCGUGGGAGACCCUGCAGGAGGAGUUUGCCCGCUUCAUGGCCGAGUACAAAGGCAAGGACCAGGACGACAUCUUCGACAAGCUGAAGGAGGCGGUGAAGGACGAGAGCAUCAAGAGGCACAAGUGGAACGAGAGGGCCAUGGACAGCCUGAGGGUGAUCCAACACAACGCCCUGGAGGACCGCUCCAUUACAGACAAGCCCCAGUGGGACGCAGCCAUCCAGUUCAUGGAUGAGACUCUGCAGUCCCGCCUCAAAGACACCGAGUCGGUGAUUCAGGAUAUGGUGGGGCCUGACUGGAAGCAGAGGUGGAUGAACUGGUCCAGUCGGACGGCCGAUCAGCACAUCCGCAACGAGACCAAGAACGAGCUGGAGCGCCUGCUGAAGCUCAACGAGGAGCACACGGCCUACCUGGCCAACGACGAGGUCACCACGGUCCGCAAGAACCUGGAGGGCCGAGGGGUGCAGGUGGACCCCGUGCUGAUCAAGGACACGUGGCACCAGAUGUACCGCCGGCACUUCCUGCAGAAGGCGCUGAUCCACUGUAACCUGUGCAAGAAGGGCUUCUACUACUACCAGAGGCACUUUGUGGACGCUGAGUUGGAGUGCAACGACGUGGUGUUGUUCUGGCGGAUCCAGAGGAUGCUGAUGAUCACGGCCAACACGCUGAGACAGCAGCUCACCAACAAUGAGGUACGACGUCUGGAGAAAAACGUAAAGGAAGUCUUGGAGGACUUUGGAGAGGACUCUGAGAAGAAGAAGCACCUCAUCAUCGGGCGACGUGUCCAACUGGCCGAGGACCUCAAGAAAGUGCGUGAAAUCCAGGAGAAGCUUGAAGCCUUCAUCGAAGCGCUCCACAAGGAGAAAUAGGAGAGCCAGGGGCGCCGUAGGCUGAAGUGCAGAUCACUGCAACGUAACGCACUGAACUAAGGUGACUGAUUCAGCUGCCCCUGUAAAUGGUUGCCCCGUGCCCUCUCCUCCAUCUGACCUGAACGCACAGCUCUCCUCAGCUCUCCCCAACCUGCCCCCCUGCACCCACAGAAGAAGAACCAGAAGAGAUACACCAGACUCAUUGCAUUUCUUUUCAAUUUUGUUCAUUAUGAUUCUUUAUUUUUUUGUUGAUGCUGCUGCUUGCUGGAUUAUCGUGUGAACAUCUUCAGCCCAUGUGACUCGGAUCAAACGGACGCAGGAGUUGGGAGAAUAGAAAGAAUGGAGGGUAACGUCUCCGCAAUGGAUCUUCACCCAGCCACCUACACAGCGCGUCAGUUAAAGGUGUAUGCCUGUGCAACCAAAGGACUCCCAACAUGGUCAAUAGCACGGAAAAGGACACAGAACCAACCUCCUUAAGGGUCAACAGACUUCACUCUUUCUCUCUUUUCUCCCUUUGCUGUGUCCUUCUCUCCCUUCCUUUCCCCCCACUCCCUCCUUUUUAAAUAAAUGAGGUUGUGGUACAUUUUUUUCAAUUAUUCCUUCCAUGACCCACUCACUCAGUGUGUGUGUGUGUGUGUGUGUGUGUGUGUGUGUGUGUGUGUGUGUGUGUGUGUGUGUGUGUGUGUGUGUGUGUGUGUGUGUGUGUGUGUGUGUGUGUGUGUGUGUGUGUGGCCUUGUUUGGCCUAACUCUUCUGGCACCCCUAUAGGACCUUAGCUGGCCGUGUAGUUAGACAAUGUGUACGGCCAAACGUGAUUUGACACAUCUGCUCAUCAUCGCCCAGUGCACUUUAAUUUGCCACCCAAACUGGCUCUGAAGUAACUAAUCACAACCAUAUCCCCCUAACUUGGUAUAAUGUGCCAAUAAUGUUUUUUAUAAGUUAGUCAUUUACCAGUGGUUAUAAAAAGCAUGGCGUAUGUAAUUCAUUUAGGUGAGCGGUCCAUUCUGUUGAAUAGAUUUACUAAUAGCUUAAACAAGUCAGCUUAAUGCCCCGCUAGGACAAUCUGGAUACUAAAAUACUUCAAGAGUACAGCUCUGCCUGCUCUUUAUGCAUCUGUUUGUCCCAGCCACCAUCAAUCUGUUUCCUAAACAAAGUCCUCAUUCGACGAUUGGGUUCCGUGCCAGACGUCACUGUUGGAGGUCUAGUCAUUUUGGCAUUAUGCAAAAUACCCCAAAUUGUUUAAAUUACACAAAACGUUGUCUGAAGCUCAAUCCUCAAAUCACACGAACGUUUUUGUGGGGAUGUCAGCAGAGUUGGUGUGGUAUAUUAUGGUACGUGUGUGUGUGUGGGGGGUGAUUAUAGAGUAAAAGCUCUUUCUGGGUACCAGACUUCAUUCAACCAAUCACAGAGCUGGGUUUGUUUGGUCCACGAUCACGUGCCAGAGCAUGGGAUGAUGAUGUGCUUCUCUGUUCAACACUUUCCAACAUCAGCGCUUUGUGUAACUUCUCUCUCUCUGUCCCUCUAUCCACUCACUUUAAUCUCCCUGAGUUCAAAGUGAGCGUGGACACCACUUGUGUAUAUGGGGCUUAUUUGUAUAUAGAUAUAUUUACCGCCAAUUAUGCGGAGGUGAGGCGGAAAAAGUGUAGUUCACUCACACUGGGUAAAACCUCUAGUGUGAGGAAAACAUCCUUCUAUUUCGCUGAUAAGAGAAUGUUCAGAUUAAUCUGUAUUUGUUUUAUGUUGUAGAUUGUCAUGUUUGCAUGGUGUACCCCAAAUGUACUUUAUUUAUUGAAUCUCAUCUGUUUUAAAGGAAAGUGCAAAUAAAAUGGACAUAAUUAAAAACGA